AUGACUCGCCCUCUGGAAGACAUCACUGUCCGCAUCUGGGAUGUCUGGAGAUCAGCUCUGGCCUGGGAGUGGUGGUACAGGGUGCAGAAGUUUUCCUUUAUCUAUUUUUUUUUUUUAACAGAGAAAGCAAAAGAUGAGUCAGGACAGGACAGGCCAUAUAAGAUUUUUUUCAAAGAUCUCUUUCUUUUCAAAGAAAAUGAAAUGGCAGCAAAGAAAAAGGAAAAAUUUAUGAACCGCAGCAUGAAAGUCUACCAAAAGUCUACUUUUUCAUCCCGAAUGAAGAGCCGUUCACACCUGGGCCAAAUAGCAACCUACACAGACACAGCUGGUUCCUCAAUUGACAAAUUUGGGCUAGAUCCCACUCUUAUUCUCAGGUUAGACGGUGCAGAUACAAAAAGGACUGUCCAUGAAUUUAUUAAUGACCAGAGAGACAGGUUUAUGCUUGAGUUUGCUCUGUCAACCAAAAGAAAUACUAUUAAAAAGUACGAAAAACACACAACAAUGAAGGAAAGGCAAUUCAUGAAAGCAGAAAAAAAGCUCCAAGAAGAUGCAAUGGCCUUUGAAGAGUUCCUUCGAGAAAAUGACCAGAGAUCUGCAGACGCUCUUAAAAUUGCAGCGCAAGAAACGAUAAACAAACUUCAAAUGACAGCAGAGCUCAAGAAAGCGAGUAUGGAAAUACAGUCGGUGAAAAGUGAAAUAGCAAAAACAGAAUUCCUCCUUAGAGAGUACAUGAAAUAUGGAUUUUUUCUGCUGAAACUGUCUCCAAAACAAUGGCAAAUACAGCAAGCACUGAAAAAGGUGUCAAAGAAUAAAGAAAAUGUGAAUGUCAGGCUUCCAAGUAUAAUGACAAACUUAAGUGCAAGGAGAAAAGAGGCCAGUAUUGUGGAGUCCAGGACAACAUCAUUUGCAGAAAAUGAAGACUCCUCGCUGGGAAGAGGUAGCCAAGCAAAAUCACGCAAGAAGACCACUCUUACCCUAGAGAAUAAGAAAUCAUCCUUAACAAUGUACAGUACAUACUUGAUUAACUGUCUUAGAAACUAUUCACAUGUAGUUGUAAGGAAAACCACAAAGAGGUCCAGUUUCUCCCAAUGCCAAGCUGAAAGUAUCAGUUCAGAAGACAGUUUGGAAUUCUUUUUAGAUGAUGAUAUGGACUAUGAUCUGGAGCCAGAACUUUAUUUCAAAGAACCAGAAGAAUUACUUCAAGUCCUCACAGAGCUGGAAGAGCAGAAUCUUACUUUGGUCCAAUAUUCCCAAGAUGUAGAUGAAAAUCUUGAAGAUGUAAAUAAAAGAGAAAGACUUAUACAGGAUAAAAUAAAUACCAACAUAGAGUUUCUUUUGGAGCACAAGGAAAUGCUUAAGGCUAACUGUGUAAGAGAAGAGGAAAAAGCAGCAGAACUGGAACUAAGGUCCAGGCUAUUCAGUUUUGGAGAAUUUAAUUCAGAUGCUCAGGAAAAGCUGAUAGACUCUCUUAGUAAAAAAAUUAAUCAAGUGUAUAAAGUCUGCAUUGGAGAUGCUGAGGUCGGCAGCCUCAACCCAGUUCAAAAGCUGGUAAAAGUCGAGUCUCGCCUGGUGGAAUUGAGUGAUCUCAUUGAAUCCAUUCCCAAAGAAAAUGUGGAGGCAAUUGAGAGGAUGAAACAGAAAGAACGACGGCAGAAAUUGCGUGAAGAGAAAAUGAAAGAAAAACAAAAACACCAGGAGGAAAGGCUAAAAGCUGCUCUGGAAAGAGCAGUAGCACAACCAAAGAAAAAGCUGGGAAGACGACUUAUUUAUCGUUCAAAACCUCCAUCUGGUAACAAACAUGAACUACUUUUAGUCAAGGAUACGAAAACAAAAUCACUGGAGGAAGAAUAUUUCUUCACUUGA